AUGCAGCUACUUCCCCCAACCUUCUGCUCCCAAUUCAUCGCUUCCGCUGGUACAUAUGCCAACCUCGUCAAUUUCUUUGCGCAGGCUAUCAUCGAGAACCCUGUGAAUCCGUUAAAGAGCGCUUAUGCGCCAUCAUUCCUGGCUGCUUACCGGGCGUCCAUCCAGCAAGCGUUUCAGGAAUAUCCUAGUCAAUGUGCUCGCUUUUGGACUGUCUGGACUUUUGCAUUUUCUGCUGCUAUCGUCUUUGGGACAAUUGUCACUCGAGGUCCACAAUCUCCACUGGCGUCUAAUGCUAUGAAGGAACUGGAUGACGCCUGCCGUCUUUUCUCAAAAGCAGCUGCACAUAGCAGAUGUGCUGCUCAAGCUCUGCCAAUCCUUAUGAAACUGAGCGAAAAGGCCCACGCAUCCCCUGCUGCUGCUCUGAACGAACGGCCAUCACAACAGCUAGGGCAGCAAUGGAGCAUCAAAGUGGAGCAAGACGACGAUGAACUCGAAAUCUUUGCUGGAAAAACUAGAUUCGUUUCAACGAAGCGAGCUUCAGGACUGCCUGUAGACUAUCCGGAGGCAUCUGCGUCUGCGUCGUCUUCUUCUAAUAGCAACACAUAUCUAGUAGCAGGUUCCACCGAGCAACAAACCGCGCAAUUAUAUCACCCGGAGCCUACGGCUGACUGGGUUCAUUCGGCUUCGAACCGUGGUAGUCGUUAUGAUAUGCAUCGUUCGGACAAUUCCGGUACACCUAGUGCAAGCACUAGCGUUCCGACCCAGCUAUGGCGACAGCCCCAGAGUUCUGAUUAUGCAUAUGCUCCCCAGCAUCAUCGACGAACGCGGGUUCAGACGGUGCUGGUACAGCCAAAGAAGUCCAUUCGUAUCGUUGCCAAAGAGCGAGAGGGACGAGGAGAAGUCCAUCAUUGGACUGUUAAUGUAAAUUCAAACUCCGACCUCCUUACGACGUACAAACACCACCGUCUGAACGCGCUUGGUCGCUCUAUGACCGAUUUGCACCACCAGUUUAGUUCACACAGACGGAAAGAACACAUUAAACGGGCUGAACGACGAUACAAGACACACCCUAGGAACCAGAAGAACAACCAUCCUAUUCCGAAACCCAAGGGCCGCGCAGGGCGAAAAGAUGGCUACAAGUUAAUUGAGGCUAUGGGUCUGGUGGACAGGAAGGAACACUACAAUGCGCUCGUCGAUAGGGUACAUAUGCUUGCCGACAGGUAUCUGAAAGACAAUGUGACGAUCUCGGGUCAAGACAAACUUCUGGUCCAGAAUAUCAUGCGAAAGGCGCAGAGUACCUCACGCACCUUGCAAAAGUUUGACCAAGGCUGGCCCGUUUAUGAUAUGCUGGCGCAGUAUCUGCGCAACCGUAAUGCUUAUAAUAAAAAAAAAAAGCACAAGAGUUCUUGUUUUCACCGCUUGGCAGACUUGGUUGAUACUGGUGACAGCUCAGAUUCUGAUUCCAAUGCGACAGAUUUGGACUUGGACUCCACGGAUUCAGACUCGGACUCCAUGCAUUCAGACUUGGACUCCCGCCAACGACAUCAUGAUACUGCAUCAGAGGAUGAGGAGACCGAUUUUCAAGGAUUCGGUAAUAGUAACUGUCACCAGACAAAGAAGGCACGUCUCACCCAGAUCGGCAAAAGGUUGCCCCGGAAGCCACCUACAUCUAAGCUGGCAGCCUUGACGUCCUCACAGAAGGCUCCGUCGAAGAAAUCUUCUAACAUGUGCAUGGUCCGGAAGUCCAAAGCUCCACAAUCACGACUGAAACCCAAGGAAACUGAAUCCGUGAAACAGUCCGGCAAGAGAAAGGACAAAGAUAGAUAUGACAGCGCUCGUGAUAAAACAGGGAGCAAACAAGUCAGUGUUCCUGAGCCAGAUGAGCCUGCCCAAGAUUCGGGGCUGGAGGCACUCGACAACACCAACACAUCUGAUCGGAUCUCUGGAGCUUCCUCUAUCUUUGACUCUCCUGCUCGUGAUGCACAUCCUUCUGUCUUUGAUCAGGAUUCUGAUGACGACGAACUCGAACCACUGGAUGACUGCGACGACAACAGCAAAUUUGUCUCUGCUCACGAUAUUCCUACGAUCUGCCCGAAGCACCAUUGCAAUGACGAAAUACCUCGCAGCCCAUCUUCAAAGCUGUACGAUGCCUUGGAAAACUAUGUCAAGCUGACUCGCACGCAGGGACAUUCGACUGUCCGGUCUCUAACGCUCUCGUUCAGCAUUUGCGCAAUGAUCAAGGAUGGAGUGCAACGAGAAAUCCACCUGAAUGACGCGGUUGAACGAGGAUGGCCUGUACUUGAAGUGGAUUUUACUCAAAUUCCUGCCCGUGUGUACGAGCUGAAGGAGAGACUCGACAUAAUCAUUUUUGCCUCACCUUCUUCGAUUCAUGACCUCAAGGCGUCUCCUUUUAGCGACUUCCUCAAGGAUAUGGCUGCAGAUAAUUUCACUCUUCAACGUCUUGCGGAUGUUCCCAUCUUCAACAAAGAGAGCAGGAUCCUUGCGAACGCGAUGCCAGGAUAUAUCAUGCUUGGUGUAUGGGACGAUCAGCGGGAAAGGGCAAAGCUUAAUGAGGCUAAGGAGAAGCAGCGUCCAACAAAUGGUGUAACGCAGCCAAGUUGGAUGUUAAAAAUGUUCAGGGAUACUCCGAGUCCGACGCAGAACGAAGAUGUCACUGAUCCUGUCGUGCGGAGGAAGCCAAAGAAGGUAGUGCAGACUGUAGCGCCAACGAAGACCCACCAGACACGCUUGCGGACUUCUACAAUUCACGGCCAUGCAUGA